UCCUUCGGCAAUAUAAUGGAAACCUUGCAUUAUUAGGUCAAGCUGAACGCUUUUUAAUUUUAUUAACUAAAGUGCCCAAAUACAAAAUGAGAUUAGAUGCUAUGCUUCUCCGAUUGGAUAUUGAAGAAUUAAUGGAUAAUUCUGGGCAAAAUUGUGGAUUGGAGACUUGGUUAAAGGGUGGAGAAGAAUUAAUGUCAAGUCCUUCACUACACAAAAUUCUCUACAUUCUUCUACAUGUUGGGAAUUAUUUAAAUCACGGAGCUAGUAUUGGAAAUGCUGUUGGGUUUAAAUUGAGUUCUCUUUGGAAAGUUGAGGAUGUAAAAGCUAUUGGAGGGGCUGAAAAAGGCAGGAGAAGCACUCUUCUCCAUUUUGUUGCUAAGCAAGCAAAUAAUUGUGCAGAGGAAUUAAUAGCAGAACUUGGAAAUGUGAGAGAAUCUGUUAAGUCUUCUCUGGAUGCAACAAAAGAAGACCUGCGAGGAUUAAUAGAACGACAACGAAGACUUGAAGGGGAAAUUAAGGAAAUACAAAACAACGAUAUAUUUUUUGGAGAAUAUAAACAAUUUUUGGAGAAAUCUGGAAACUAUCUAAAAAGCAUAGAAGACCAACUAGCAAAGUUUGAACCUCUUCGUCUUAAAUUGGCAAAUUUCUUUUGUGAACCGGAAAGAACCUUUUCAUUAGAGGAGUGUUUUAAAAUUAUUGCUUCGUUUAUUGAACGGUUUGAAAAGGCUGUUCAGGAAAAUAAACAGUGGUCGUCUCUAGACAACACAAAUUUAAAAACAACAGAAACUGAUCCAAAAACAACACUAAACCCCACAAAAAUCAACAGAUCUACUAGUCCAAAUCCUUCAAUUAUUCCAGACAACAAUAAUUUAUUUUUAUCCAAUUUUGUUAACAAUCCUUCUUUGGGGGUGCCUUCGGGAGUUGAAAGUUUGCGUAGACGAAGAAAUUCUGCAUUUCCGACUUUUGAAUUGAAAAUAAAGGAAAAUGAGGAGAAAAAGGGAAAUGAUGAUUGUAAUAUGAAAAUCUCUGAAAAUAAUGUAAGGGUUCUGAAUAUUCCUGAAAAAUUUAUUUUUAAAUGA